CGGAAAGUUCAGAGUUCUCCUGCUUCAGGCUGCUCAGAGAUCCUCUUAUUCAGUUCAGAAUUAUUAACUCCAAUCUUCCUCUUUUCACAGACGCUCUCCAACUCCUCCUCAGUCUGUCUCAAAACGUUGUAGUAUCAUCAGACUACAUAUCAGAACCCGCUUCAUCAGUAGUAGUAUAGAUUCGAUGGAUAAACGAGGAUAAAAUAGCUAUUAUUGUUAGAACUUUAAAGGCAAUAAAAAAAAUAACAUUUCAGUGUCGUAAAAAUGAUCAUGCGACUGAACCAAUUCCGACACUUCCGGUUUCUGUCAACAUCAUUUACGCUAAUUUCAGUAAAUCCAAAAGUGUCAACGAUAGAUUGGUGAGUUGCUUGAACAAAGUAAUCCACUUCAACAAGGAAUGAAAUCUCACAACUGCUAGACACAAGCAACAAAUGAGCAACAAUUGCACUCAAUGGACGUAUUGCCACGAUGUGAGAAACAAAUGCAAAGUGUCGCCUAAUUUGCAUCGCAAGAAUGCUAGUUUGCAACCACCAUAGCUAGCUAACGUUAAAUAGUAACAGUUAGGUUGUUACAGUCAGUAGCUUGUUAUUGUAAGCGUUGUUAGAUUUGACAGUAAGCAAUGUUUGACAGGGAAUGUAUGUUGCUCUUGGUUGGGUAGCAACAUAGCUAGUCAUACAAUAUUUGAGUACCAGUUUACUAGUUAGCUAACUAGCUAGUAAAGAGCUAGCUACCAGUUUAGCUAAUUUCACCAGUGCGUUGCUAGCGAAAGGUUAGCUAGCUAGUUGUCAACAGGAAAUACAACACUUCACACAUUUAGCGAAAUACUUUAAGUGGUAAUCUAGCUAGUCUGUUAACGUUGGUUUUGGUCAGAUUAGAAUGGAGAACCAACUUUGACCGUCCAUUUUGUUUGUUGACAUUAUCUAACGUAAGCUAGUUAGCUCAUUAACACGAGUUGCAAACUUGAGUUAAAGUGACUCUUAAGCCUAAAUUCAAAAUGUGGCUCCAGCAAAGACUAAAGGGCCUACCUGGUGUGCUGUCAAGCAGCUGGGCUAGAAGAAUGCUCAUUGGACUGCUGGUUUUCCUCAUCUUCUACUGGUACCUUAGCUCAGAGGGCGCUUUGAGGUUGUUUAGUGGCUCAGGCCAAUCAGGGGGGCCUGCUGGACAAUGCCUCCAGACUGAGAUCCACAGGUGGAAGUCACUGGUGGACCGGGGGGAGGGGAUCUACAGCACUCCCCAGGAGAAAGCGGUCACACCUUUUGUCACAGGUAACGGCCAUUUCCUGGUGGACAUUGACUCCAACAGACUGUGGGUGGCCUCGUCCUCCCAGCCUGGCUCGGCCCCUGUCCACCAGACUGAGUAUUCGCCCAUAGUGGGUGUCCACCUCCCUGGGAAGCGGGCCGAGGCGAGUGCAACCAUGCUCUGGUUCCGCAAAGGGGCUGUCCUGUCCGUCCACUGUGUCCUCCCGGGGGACAGCUCCGGGUCAGCCCGUGACUGCCUCACCGUCCGAGAGGAGUUCAUUGCCCACCGCAGCCGGCCCAACGUCUACCUCCAGAGGAUCCACGUCAACAACCCCUCGGAGCGGGCCGCCACCCUGGAGGUUUCCACUGAACCGUCCUUGUUCGGGAGCAAGUUCUCAGCCAGCGUGGAGAAGGUGGAGGACAAAGACGUGGUGCUGUCGUCGGGCCGCGUAGUUCUGCCGGGGAAGAACCAGAUAUUGCUGGUGGUGGUGGCCACCAAGAAGCUGGGCAGCCGCAUCCAGGUGGCGGCCAAGUCGGAGUACGCAGAAAGUGUGCUGUCGGUGGUGUGGACAUCGGAGCCCAUUGAGUCGACCAAGUUGCAGGAGACCUUCACUAGGCUUAGAGAGGGGGCCAAGAAAGAGCUGGGCGAGCUGCUGAGGGCUAACAUAGAAGAUCUGGUCCAGGACCACCAACAGGCCUGGAUGGACCUCUUCAUCUCUGGGGUGGAGAUGCGUAAGAUCACUGACGCGCAUACGCCGUCCAGCGCCACGGUCAACACCACACUCUACUACGUCCUCUCGGCCUCGCCGGCACCCCUGCUAGACCGCCGCCUGGGCCCUGAAGAACGCGCCCGUCUGGAAUCCAGCCUCAACUACGCCGACCACUGCUUUAGUGGGCAUGCAACCAUGCAUGCCGAUAACCUGUGGCCGGAGCGGGUCAGCAGUGUGGCCCAAGUCCUGCAGCUGGUCACCCUGUGGACCCUCACCCUGCAGAAGAGGGGUUGCAAGGUGCUUGUGGCGGCAGGUGCCCAUGGCGUCAUGCAGGGUGCCGUACUCAGCUUCGGAGGCCUCUCCUUCAACGAAAACCACCUGCAGUUCCAGGCGGACCCGGAGGUGCUGCACAACAGCUAUGCGCUGCGAGGCAUCCACUACAACCAGGACCUGAUCAACCUGGCUGUGCUUCUGGACGCCGAGGGCAAGCCCUUCCUGCACGUGUCGGUCAAACCCUUCCUGCAUGUGUCGGUCAAGCCCCAGGAGAAACCCGUAGCGCUGUACGCCUGCGAGGCGGGCUGCCUCAACGAGCCGGUGGAGCUGACGUCGUCAAUGGUAGAGUCCAAGGGCCACGUGUUCCCGGUGAUGGUGACGCAGCCCAUCACACCACUGCUCUACAUAUCCACGGACCUGCGCCACCUGCAAGACCUGCGGCACACAUUGCACCUCAAAGCCAUCCUGGCACACGAGGAGCACAUGGCCAAGCAGGACCCGGGCCUGCCUUUCCUCUUUUGGUUUGGCGUGGCUUCUCUCAUCACCCUCUUCCACCUCUUCCUCUUCAAACUCAUCUACAAUGAGUACUGCGGCCCCAGCGCCAAGCCCCUCUUCAGAAGCAAGGUGACGAAGCCAAGUGAGGAAAUGGAAGCUUAGGAAGCAGCCAUGACAUCACAGGUGCAGAGUAGCAGCCAGCGAUGGCAGCAUGAGACAAAUUACAUUUCCAUAAAGUGUGUUACUGUUCAUGUCAUUGUUGGUCAAUGAUUUGUAUUGAGAUGGUCAACAAUGUUUAUUUGACUUUUGACAUGUUGGAGCUGAAUUCAGAGAAACAUGUUGAAGCUGAAUUCAGAGAAUGAAGCUCACCUCACCUGAUGACCUCUUUCAUUGGCAAGGCUAACGAAAGUCUGUCACUGUUUACAAUGCUUCCAUUUAUUUUGGCUGGAUGACCCCCUCGGUUUGAACAAAUUCUAUUUAUAUGGUUCUAGACAUAGCUCUGUUUUGUUUCUACCAUAUGGAAUUCUGAAAAAUGUCAGUUAUCCCUUCACCUUUUUUCAAGAUGGUGGAAACCUAACCCAAGCUACACACAUAUAUAUUUUACCCUGCGAUCAUAACCAAGUGGGAAGGUGGUAUUUACCGCAUACGACUGGGGAAAAUCCACUUGAAUGCCCCUCCAACUGGUAAUCACUAGAGGAAAACUUGUUUAUCAUCCCUGAGCUCCUACUUCUCCCACAUGAUGACCUCUGACGUCACCUACUAAGGAAAUGACCUCGAUAACAACAUUUUCAGCAAUUUAAUCCAACAAAACAUUAUUUAUAAAAAGCAAUCUAUUAAUAUUGUUUUUGAACACCGUAAUUUGAUCAACUAAAAGUACAGCUAUUAACGCUGUGGUUGACUCAGCUUGUUGGCCAUUAGCCAAUCUGUGUUUGACUCAGCUUGUUGGCCAUUAGCCAAUCUGUGUUUGACUCAGCUUGUUGGCCAUUAGCCAAUCUGUGGUUGACUCAGUUUGUUGGCCAUUAGCCAAUCUGUGGUUGACUCAUCUUGUUGGCCAUUAGCCAAUCUGUGGUUGACUCAGCUUGUUGGCCAUUAGCCAAUCUGUGUUUGAUUCAGCUUGUUGGCCAUUAGCCAAUCUGUG